AGUUAUAACUUUGUCUCGGUAAGGGGUGCACGCGUUGCUCUCCGAUUUCCGCGGGAACCGAUCCGAGUUUUUAUUAAAUAGAAAACUACUGUGAAACAAGAAAAUAUAUAUUACUGAACUGUUUCAAUUGUGUUUAGUGCGAAAUUGUGUUUUUUUCAAAGGUUGCCAGUGAGAUAUUUCGGGAGGAUUUCCAAAAGUUUUCGGAAAAUUUGGAAAAAUGUAUUAACGGAGUUUCGACAAGGCGAUGAUCGUUGUUUGGUAUCUUUUACGGGAUGAAGGAAACAGAAUAAUGAAACCAUAAAAAUGAGAUAAUUAACUAAAAAAUGGUAAAAGAGAUCGUGAAUGCGAUUCUCUCGUCAAACUUUGCCAAGACUGUUCAUCGCAAAGAAAGAUCAUAUGCAAACAAAGCAAACUUCAGAAAGAGACGUGGAAACCGAAUACACAAAGCACAAAAUGAACAAUCUAGUGAAUCUAUGGACAAUGCUCAAGCACACAAGAUUAAAAUACAUCAAAAAAGAAUAGUUCUUAACUUUAAAAGGCCUAUAUUAGUUUCAUUCCUUAUUUUUUACGUAUGUUUAUUUAAUGUGAUAAUUGAGUGUGAUGUUAGUGCUAAUAAUUAUAAUGUGAAAUCAUCUAAAGACACAAUAAGUCAAUAUAAAAUAAACAAUUUAAAUGGAGAUGUCGUGAAAGUAUGGCGACGUAAUUUAGAUAACAAGGUUCUUAACAAAAAUCUUGUCAAGAGCACCACAUCAGCGCAAGAUGCAAAUGAGGAAGAAAAAUCUGAAAAAUACUCUAUGCCUGAUGUACUGGAAUUGAAUAAAUACUACACGUAUCAUAAAAGCAAAGAAAAUAUUACAAAUGAUACGGAGACGGUAAUCGUAGUUAAAGACAUUUAUGAUGACGUCCGGGCAAUAGGCUAUCCGCAUGAUUUAGCACAUAAUCAUUAUUAUGUGAAAAGAACCAAUUUCAAUCUUAGAGCCGAAACUCAUCAAUUUCAUGAAAAAAUAUUAAAACUUGGAGUUUUGCUGCCCGCUGAUCCAUCCGAAGUUUUUUCGUUAUCUAAAGUUUUGCCGAUAGUAGAGAUGGCGAUACCUGCUAUGACAAAACCCGAUGGACCGUUACCUGGAUGGAAAAUUCUUGUAGACUACAGAGAUACAAGAUGUUCAUCUGUAUAUGGACCUCUUGCAGCAUUCGAAUUUUACGUCAAUGGCUCUGCUGAUGCCUUCAUCGGACCGGGCUGUGAAUAUGUAAUAGCUCCCGUGGCAAGAUAUGCUGGACUUUGGCGUAUACCUGUCAUUACCGCUGGUGCUCAGGCUGAGGCUUUUGGCUACAAGCAACCAAGUUACAUGACCUUAACACGAAUGAUGGGAAGCUAUACGCAGGCAGGGGUCGCCAUCAGGAAAAUCUUUGAGGAGUUCAACUGGCGGAAACUCGGGAUGCUCUACCACAACUAUGCCUCUUCCUCCGGUAAAGGCAACAGCGCUUGCUUCAUGACCCUCAGUGCAGUCUUCACAGUGCUCCAGAAGAAGGGAACUGGCAAUAUCCCGAACAUCCCCUUUGACGAAACUUUGUUAACAAGGGCAAAAAUAAAAGAGCUCCUCCAAAAACUUUCUCGUAGCACAAGAAUUGUGGUGGUUUGCGCCAACCCGGGCACCGUGCGGGAGAUAAUGCUAGCUGCAGAUGACCUCAACAUGGUUUCCUCGGGGGAAUACGUGUUCUUCAACAUUGAGUUGUUCUCCAACUUAGCAUCAGCAUCAUCCAAAGAACCUUGGAAAGUGGAAGGCGAUACAGAAGAGCGGAACGAGCGAGCGAGACGGGCGUAUAGUGCCGUUCUCACUGUCACCAGCCCGGCGCCGGAGAAAAAAGAGUAUCUGGAUUUUUCUGAUCGGGUCAAAGAGUUAGCGGAAACUAAAUACAACUACACGUUUGGAAAGGGUGAAGUAGUGUCGACAUUCGUGGCAGCUUUCUACGAUGCGGUGCUCCUCUACGCCCUGGCGUUAAACGAUACUCUGCGGCAGGCGACCAACCCUAAAGGCCAGCUGGAUGGAGCUACGGUCAUAAAGAACAUGUGGAACCGGACUUUUCAAGGCAUCACAGGCGAAGUGAUCAUAAACGGCAAUGGCGACCGCGUGGCGUCGUACUCCCUACUAGACAUGAAUCCCCAUACCAGCAAAUUCGAGGUGGUGGCAACGUACGUCGCAGCCAACUCUUCACUCCAGUUCGUGGAGAACCGCCCUAUCUACUGGGCGGGCGGGCGGACCUCCCCCCCUCCGGAUACCCCCAGAUGUGGCUUUGACGGCUCCCUCUGCCCUGACAACUCUCUGCCCGUGUACGCCAUUUUGAGCAUCGUGCUGAGUUCCGUUGUCGUCAUCCUGGCUACCCUGUCAGUGUUCAUUUACAGGCAUUACAAACUAGAAGCUGAGAUAGCUAUGAUGACCUGGAGAGUGGGCUGGAGCGAUGUGCUGUUGCCUGGUGGACGUCUCCGUGGCAGCAUGCAUUCCUUGGCUCGAAGGUACAGCUCGGGGACGGCAUAUUCCGAUGAAGCUACAUCCCUCGCAGGAGAUCGUCAAGUAUAUGCACCUUGUGGGUUCUAUAAAGGCUGCAGAGUCGCCAUCAAGAAAGUCGAUAAACAGAGGAUAGACCUCACCAGACCCCUCCUUCUAGAACUCAAGAAGAUGAAGGAUUUGGAACAUGAUCACUUGACAAGGUUCUAUGGAGCCUGUGUUGAUCCUCCACAUUGCUGUCUCUUAACGGAGUACUGCCCCAAGGGAUCUCUUCAGGAUAUCCUGGAAAAUGAUACGAUUAAGUUAGAUUGGAUGUUCAAAGUUAGCCUGAUGCAUGAUAUUGUGAAGGGAAUGCAUUAUUUGCAUAGCAGCGAUAUAAAGUCCCACGGGGCGCUGAAGUCUAGCAACUGCGUAGUGGAUUCCCGCUUCGUGCUCAAGAUAACCGACUUUGGCCUCAAUGCUUUGAGGACUUCGGAGAAAGACGCAAGAGCUCAUAGCUAUUGGACUCGUAUGUUGUGGACGGCACCAGAGCUUCUACGCAUGGCGGAACCACCCCAUGAAGGGACUCAGAAGGGCGACGUAUACUCCUUCGGCAUCGUCAUGCACGAGAUCGUCAAUAGGCAGGGUGCUUUCUGGCUUGGACCUGGGAUUGAGCUAUCGCCAAAAGAAAUCAUAGACGCAGUGAUCGGCAGCUGCUUACGUCCAAACACCACCUACAACCGAUCCUGCGAAGCUGAUGACGCGGCAGAGCUGAUGCGGCGAUGCUGGGCCGAGGAUCCAACUGAAAGACCUGACUUCGGACAUCUCAAAGGCGCUAUACGCCGCCUCAAUAAAACUCAAGAAAGUAGCAAUAUAUUAGAUAACCUGCUUUCCCGUAUGGAGCAAUAUGCUAAUAAUUUAGAGUCAUUAGUUAGUGAACGCACUCAGGAUUACCUAGAGGAAAAGAAGAAGUGUGAGGAAUUAUUGUAUCAACUAUUACCAAAGUCUGUAGCAUCUCAACUAAUAAACGGUCAGUCAGUAGUGGCCGAAACGUUUGAAUCAGUCACCAUCUAUUUCUCUGAUAUCGUUGGAUUCACUGCUCUCUCUGCGACCUCCACUCCGAUGCAAGUGGUCGAUUUACUCAACGAUUUGUAUACUUGCUUCGAUUCUAUUGUUGAAAACUACGAUGUUUACAAGGUGGAAACAAUAGGCGACGCAUACAUGGUAGUCUCAGGCUUACCAGAGCGCAAUGGCACACGGCACGCUUGUGAAGUGGCACGCAUGGCACUGGCACUGUUGGAUGCGGUACGUCGGUUCAAGAUCAGACACAGGCCGCAUGAUCAGCUGAAGCUACGGAUUGGGUUACAUUCAGGCCCCUGUGUGGCUGGAGUGGUCGGGCUGAAAAUGCCGCGGUACUGUCUGUUUGGGGACACAGUCAACACAGCUUCCAGAAUGGAAUCCAAUGGAGAAGCUCUGAAGAUCCACGUUUCUCCAACGACGAAGGCUUUGCUGGAAAGCUUCGGAACAUUCCGGCUUGAAUGUCGAGGGGAAGUUGCAAUGAAGGGCAAAGGAGUUCUAGUCACGUAUUGGUUAUUAGGGGAAAUAAUAGACCCAAAUGCGCCUAAAGAGAAAGCUCCACUAGUAAAAUUACAGAGUCAGUCAAAAGACAGCGGUUCGUUAUCACACCUAACCCCGUUCAGACAACGAAUGGAUCAUGGAUCACGAUCAUCCAGCAGACGUGGAUCAGGAGUGUUGUUACAAAGACAACCUGAUGUAACGAAAUUGGACAAAGAAAUCCAACCUAUGUUGCAACACAUUAAGAUGCAAAGGCAACACUCAGAUCCAACAGAGCCUGUGACAAACGGAAUAAUAGACAGCGAAGAAUUUGACAAAGUCAGCCUUUCCAACUCUAUAUCCUUAAACGUUAACUCUCUGAACCAUAACAAUGUGAUCCAGUCCGGGCAACCCAAAGUCAAACUUAAGGAUUGCCAGAUGAACUCCAUAGGGAAUCACAAAGCGAAUAAGAUGGGUAAUAAUAAUUGGAUACCUAAGUUACCGACGGCAAGUUCCUUUGACAACGGCUCUAGGAAAGUAAGUGAGUGUCUCAAAGACUAUUGUAGUGUACCCUUAUUGUCUAAAGCUGAUAAACCAAAUGAUUCAAAUGUUUAAAUUAUUAGAUGGAAUGUGUACUCAGUGAAAACAUCUAAGUUUUGCUAGCUGGUCUUCAAGUAGUUUUAUCUUCAUGCGAAUGUGUAGAUGUAACGUCGAGCAAUAUUUCUAUUAGUACUUAUCCGCUGGAACUUGUGAUCAAUCUAUCUGUAAUCUGUCGAUACGUACGUCACUUAGCAACGUUGUUAUUUGUCGAAGAUUGUCUGGUGUUAAGUAUCUUAUCCAUGGAUUGUACAUAGUAUGACCUUUUCUGACAAAUAUCAAUGUUGCUAAGUAACUUAUCGACAGAUUCCAGGUUGAUUUUAUAAUUUCGACUGUUUAUGAAGCUCGAAGUCUAGUAUGUACCGGAGCACAGAGAAGUCGUAAAAAAGUAGAAAUUUAUCGCCGAACAGAUAUCUUGCGAAACAUCAGUGUAGUAGUUUGCGUUGUUGAUUUGAAUAGAUAUUUAUUUGCUUAAUUAGCGUUUCAAUUUAAAUUACGUUGCAUUGAAUGCUAGAAGCGUAUUUAUUGAGUAUUGUUUGUAUGAAUGAGUAACUAGCUGAAAUCGUCAUUACGCGGCUGUCCUGUGUAAAGAACAGCAGAUACCAUUUCUAUCAGUAUAUUUAGAAUUCUGUGUAUCUGGGGGAGCCAGCUUUCAGCAAACAAUACUCUACAAACAGCUUGCAGUAGCAUAAUAAUAGUUAUAAUGUGUAAUAGUAUGUCUAGGUAAAUAACUUAUUCUUCUAAACCUGACUUUUGAUGAAAAUAAGAAUUGAAAAGGGGCUAUUUACACAUAAAAUUAGAAUAUUUUUCAUCUGGCCUAUUUAACUUUUUACAAGCUCUUUGGUUUUUUUUUUGAUAAGCAGUUUUAUGAUUCUCACCUUCCUUUUGUAAUAUACACCAGAAAUAGCUUUCGAGGAUAUUGAAAAAAAUACUUAAUUAAGUAAUGUUGCUAAAUGUUGUAUUUGAAGAUAAGUAGUAUUGAGCUCACUAUUAUAGUUAUUAUUUUUCUCGUUGUAUUAAUCAUAGUACAAUUCUUACAAAAUAAUAUGAUAUCCAUACUAAUAUUAUAAAAUCGAAAGUGUGUCUGUCUGUCUAUCUGCUACCUUUUCAC